AUGCCAUUUACUUUGGGAUUUACAGCACCAGAACUACUAUUAGAUGGUGACAGUAAUUCAAAAGUUAAAGCAAAUUAUUUACACGAUAUCUACUCAUUAGGUUGUUUGUUGUAUUUCCUGCUUACCAAGCACCCUUUAUAUACUUCCAAAGAAGAAUUGGAUGUAAUAAUGAUGGGAAAUAUGAAAGAAAAAAUUAAAUCAGAUAUAAAUAACGAAAUUACCAGUGGCUUAAUUAAUUGGAUGACCAAUCCUGUAAGUAGGCCUAAAAUCGAUGUUGUUUUACAAA